AUCAACCACUGCGAGGAUUGGAAUUUGGCCGUUUUGCGACUGCGCAGUUGACGGCCAACUUGUGAGUGUGUGUACGAAAUUGAGUACCUGUUCGCGGAAAAGAAAAAAAGAAAACAGCUAGUAGAAAUUAGCGCGUGUCGAGAUGUAGUGCCUGCCUCAACUCCAGAGCCGAGAAGAGAAGAAGAAAAAAAAAGGUCGCGUGUUUGUGGUGCGCGGGUGCGCGCAUAAGCUGUGGUGACUGCCGCACGCUGUCGUGAUGUUUUGUUGUCUGCCAACCGCCGGAUAAACCAGCGUCGUGAAGAUGGCGUCGGAGCGCGAGGUCCGUACGGUAGAACGGAUCAACCUCCGGAACAUCAUCAACCAGUGGAAUGCCAACCGCCUCGACUUGUUCGAGCUCAGUGAACCGAACGAGGACCUGGAGUUCCACGGGGUGAUGCGGUUCUACUUCCAAGAUGCAGACCAGAAGGUGGUGACCAAGUGCAUCCGCGUUUCCAGCACGGCCUCGGUGCACGAUGUGGUCUGCACGCUCAUCGAGAAGUUUCGUCCCGACAUCCGCAUGCUCUCCAUCCCGGACUACACGGACUAUGCCCUCUACGAGAUCCACGAGAACGGAGAGGAGCGCAAGCUGGGCGGGGAGGAGAAGCCCCUGCUGGUGCAGCUGAACUGGCACAAGGACGACCGGGAGGGCCGCUUCCUCUUCCGCCGCAUGGACGAGAAGUCCCGGCUGCCCUCCCUGCAGGGCGAGUCCCUCCGCUUCGGCCGCAAGCUCUCCAAGCGCGAGAAGCGGGACAAGAAGAAGCGGGACAAGAAGGAGGCGGCUGCGGGUCGUGACGGCAUAGCGGAGAAGCUGUACACGGAGCUGCCGGAGACGAGCUUCACCCGGUCCAUCUCGAACCCGGAGGCGGUGAUGCGGCGGCGGCGCCAGCAGAAGCUGGAGCGCAAGCUGCAGCAGUUCCGCCAGGAGGGCAGCCCCGAGGCCGGGGGCACGUUGCGCAUCUUCGGGGAGUCCCUGAACCGGGAUGUGCCAUACAAGACGCUGCUCUUGUCCACGACGGACACGGCCUCGCACGUGGUCAAGGAGAUCCUGGACAAGUACGGCCUGGACCAGGAGGAGCCCCUGCACUACUGCCUCGUGCAGGUCCUGCUUCCCCCGGUUUCGCCCGGGGAGGCGUCCCCCCUUGACCACCCUGGACAGCCCGGAGGGGGCAUGGGGCCCUUGGGAUCCAUCCAGGGGGUCAAGGAGUACAUCCUGGACGACGACGACUGCCCCCUGGCCAUCGAGAGGCAGCACAACCGCCUUAAAGGCACACUGUCGUUCCACAUCCGUCGGCGUCCGGCGGACUACCAGCCGCGCAAGCGCAAGAAGAAGCCGUCGUCGCACGGGGGCGUAGAGCUCCCGGGCCCAACGUCCCCCCAGGGGCUGCCCCAGGGCAACCCCCAGGGCGUCGUCCCCCAGGGGGGCUUCCGGUGUGGCAGCCUGUACGACCGGCUGCCCUUCCUGCUGGCCGUGCACCCGGACGGGGGCCAGCCGGGGCCCCGCCACCGCAUCCUGCUCAACAUGACCGAAGUGGGCUCUGCACCUUCGGGAACGCAGUGUCUGCAGCUGCAGGGGCCGGGCAUCCACCCGCGCCACUGCGUGAUAGCGCACACGGAAGGGGUGGUGACGGUGACGCCCAGCCACCAGGAGGCAGAGAUCUACCUGGAUGGGUGCCGGGUGUACGACACCACCAUCCUGCAGCAUGGGGCCCUGGUGCGCUUUGGCCGACACCACACCUUCCGCUUCCUCGAGCCGGAACUGGCACACCGGCCGCACCAGAAUGUUCCCAGCAUGGUUGCCCGGGACGGCGGCUAUCCCCCCGAGUACGCAGAGAGACUGGUCGGGGAGGAGGACCCGUCGUCGGCGUACGAGGGGCCCCCCGACGCUGGGGAGACUGCUUCGGUCCACUCGCAUCGCACGGAGGACGCCGGCCCCCCGCCUGGGGGAGACGUCCGCAGGGGGGACCCCAUCCUGCCGGCCGUGCUCGAGUUCUGGGAGGAGCACGAGGCGGUGUUCCUGGAGGCGGUGGUGGGGCAGCUGGACUGGGCCGGGGUGCAGUUCAAGCUGGCACCCACGUACACGCUGUACAUGGCCUGCCGCUACCGGGCUUCGACCCACUUCCGGCCGGAGAUCAGCCCGGCCGAGCGGGCCCAGCGCCUGACGGCCCUGGCCAACCACCUGGGGGCCCUGGUGCGGUCCACGGUGGAGCGGCGCUCCUCGGACCCGGGGCCCCUGGCCCUGUGGCUGGCCAACGCCUCGGAGCUGCUGCACUUUCUGCGCCAGGACCGCCACCUGUCGGCCUACACCCUGGACGCCCAGGACCUGCUCACCGAGGCCGUGCAGCUCGCCUUCCGCCACCUGGUGGCCGCCCAGCGCAGGGAGCUGGCGCAGGCCUUGCCCAGGGCCUUCCUCGAGGCCAGGGACCCCGGCUCGGACAGCGCCGUGGGAGAGGUGCUGGGGGUGCUGGCAGGCAGCAUGAGCCUGCUGCGGCGCUGCCGGGUGAAUGCGGCCCUCACGAUCCAGCUGUUCUCCUGGCUCUUCCACCACGUGAACAUGUGGCUGUUCAACAGCCUGCUGGCCGGCAGCAGCCCCUGCAACCGGCAGACGGGCAGCCUGCUCAAGCGCCGCCUCGCCCACCUGGUGGCCUGGGCCGAGAAGCAGGGCCUCGAGCUGGCCGCAGACUGCCACCUCGCUCGCAUCAUUCAGGCGGCCCACCUGCUGCAGACGCCCAAGGGCAGCGGGCCGGAGGAGGUGGCCUCGAUCAGCUCGGCCUGCUUCAAGCUGAACUCCCUGCAGCUGCGCCACCUGCUGGAGUGCUACGAGCCCGGCCCGGACGAGGCCCCCGUGAGCCCCUCGCUGGUGGAGGGCGUGGUGCGGGUGGCCCAGCAGACGGCCGACCAGCAGGCCCAUGCCGAGGGGCGGCCCCUCCGUCUCCAGGAGGACCCGGACUUGCAGCUGCCCUUCCUGCUGCCGGAAGACGGCUACUCGUGCGACAUCGUGAGGGGGGUGCCCCCAGGGCUGCAAGAGUUCCUCCAGCCCCUCGCCCUCUCUGGUCUGUGCCGGCUGACCCUGCAGCCGACCUCCCUGGGCUACUGGACCAUCUACAUGUCGGACCAGGACGUCCUGGGCCCCCCCGGGGCUCCGGAGCAGGCAGGCCCCGUCCGACCCCAGGGCCCGCCUCGCCCCUCCCCGCCGGAGGUGCGUGGCGACGGCCGGGGUGGGCCGCGGCCCCCCGAAGGGCCCCAGGUGGCCACCAUCACCCUGCACAAGAGCUCCAACGGCAUGGGGCUCAGCAUCGUGGCCGCGAGGGGCACAAACCAGGACCGCCUGGGCAUCUACAUCAAGAGCGUGGUGAAGGGCGGUGCGGCUGACCAGGACGGCCGGCUGCAGGCCGGAGACCAGUUGCUGCGUGUAGAUGGACACUCGCUAGUCGGCAUCACCCAAGAGAAGGCGGCCGACCUGAUGACCCAGACAGGGCAGGUGGUGAACCUGGAGGUGGCCAAGCAGGGGGCCAUUCACCACGGACUUGCGGCCCUUCUCUGCCAGCCCUCGCCUCUCAUGCACCGCGGACCCCGGCGCCUGAGCGAGCGGGACAUCCCCAGCCGACUGGCCCAGGAGGACAGGGGACAUCCGCCAGGGUACCGGCCCCGCAUCCAGGGCAGCAAGAGUGUGCCGGUUCUCAACAGUGGCUACGCGGGCGAGGGCACGCCGGGCGGUCCACCGCCGCGGGGUGCGAUGCACCCGCUGCCGGGCCACCAGACAGCUGGCGGCCCCGGCUACCCUCCCGGGGACUAUUCACAUUUCCAAGAGCCGCCCCCUUCCUACUCGACCUUGCCCUCGCAGCCCCCGAAGCCGGGGCCCCGCCCGGACCCGCACGUACUGCAGCAGCAGCAACACGCGGCCAUGGUGCAGGAGGAGCGCCAGUACCAGAACAUUGGCAUGUACCAGCAGCAGCUGCCGGCCACGCCCCCUCCCGCAUUCCCCGACACAAUGGCCCACCAGGGGGGCAGGGUGCCGGCGUACCACUCGUCCCAGCCGCAGCUUGCCCGGGGCAGCCCCGGCGGACCCCGCGGGGACCAGGCGUCGCGGCCCCUCUCCACCCUCGUGAGCCCCCGGGAGCAGGAGCAGUACGCCAGCGGCAUGGGUUUCCCCGCGCAGCGCCCGGCGGGGCUGUCUCCCAAGCGGAACCCCGGCAGGCCCCCCGAGGGGGGAACCCACCCGCCCCAGCGGCCCCCUAUGCCUGCCGAAAUGCGGGAGUGGCAGCAGCAACAGCAACUCCACCAUCAGCAGCUUCAACAUCAGCAGCUUCAGCAACAGCAGCUUCAGCAGCAGCAGCAACUCCAACAUCAGCAGCUUCAGCAGCAACAGCUUCAGCAGCAACAGCUUCAGCAACAACAGCUCCAACACCAGCAGCUCCAACACCAGCAGCUCCAACACCAGCAGCUCCAACACCAACAGCUCCAACAUCAACAGCUCCAACAUCAACAGCUUCAACAUCAGCAGCUUCAGCACCAACAGGCUCAGCAGCCGCACCAUCAGCAGCAAUCCUACGAGUUGGCAGGCGAAGCAGAGGGUGGCUCCAUGCACCGUGCCCAGCCCUCCUUGCACCAGAGGGACCUCAUCCGCCAGGAGGCCAAGAUGGAGGAGAUGAAGGAGGAAGUGCGUCGGAGGGAAGAGCGGGAGCAGCAUGCGCAUUGGGCCGCCUCCCAGAGGGGACCCCCCGUGGCAGACUGGACGCCCCCACAGCAGGGCGUGUACCGCUACCCGGCGCCCCCUUCCAACCACCGGGGGGACCCUCGGCUCACCUCUCCCGCCCACGUGGCCGCCAGCAAUGGACACCGGGAACAACACGGGCACGAGGUUGACCCUGACCCCCAGGCCAAGGUCCUGAGCCCGUCCCCCUGGGAGAGGGAGGAGAAGGAAAUGAGCGGGAGGCUGGCUUCACCCGCACGCAUUGCUGCACUAACCCACGGGCCUCGGCGCCUGCAGCGGCUGGAGGGGGUGCGGCUGGCCCGGGACGAGGAGGUGCGCGAGCUGGAGUGUCUGCCCGAGCGGAGUGCCCGGCAAGAGGAGCGGCUGCGCACCCUGCGCCUGGAGCAGGAGUUUGAGCGCAGGGCCCAGGAGGCCGUGCAGGCGCACGGGGACGAGGAGGAGGAGGACGACGAGGAGCUGAUGGAGCGGAUUGACAAGAGGGAACGGCUCCUCAAAGACCGCCAGGGACCAAACCCGGACUGGGACCACCACGAGGCCUACUCGGCCAGGCAGCUCGAGGAGCAGGAGGGCCGCCUGCGCCAGUUGCGGCUGGAAGAGAGCGGCAAGAAGCAGGAGUUGGAAGCCCAGCGGCGGGCGGAGGAGCGCCUGCUGCGGGAGGCCCAGCGACGUCGCCAGCAGCACGAGCAGCCGCCACCGCCGGUCGCCCGGGGGGUCGAGGAGGAGCCCCCCCCCGCUGCCGGCCUGCCCCCCGCCCCCCGCGGAGGGGGCCCCCCGCCCGCCCCGCCAGACGGGCCCCAAGAAGGUGUCCUUCCACGAGACGCCCACCGAGCUGGUGGACGCCAACGGGAACCCCGAGGAGGAGGAGGAGGAAGAGGAGGUGUACACCCUCCAGGACAUCGACGAGGUGCUCAACACGCCGCAGAUGCAGGCGGGCUCCUCGGCGUACCUGGUGGGCAACACCCCGGGGGUCAUCGGGGCCCAGGAGGUGUACCGGGACCCCAGGCAGCGCAUCGAGCGGCAGCGCGCCCUGGAACAGCCCGCGCGGCCGCCGGGGCCAGAGAAGCUCACCUUUCGCGAGAAGAUGCGCAUGUUUGCCCGCGAGACGGGCGAGGACCACACGCCCAGGGACAAGAUGAAGAUCUCCCGGGCCCAGCGGGAGAUCGAGACCAGCCUCAACGGCGUGGCCACUCCGCACCGCUGAAUCGGAGGACCCAGACGCGCCACGACGCGCGACCGGCGUCUUGUUUGCGGCACUCCAAGGGCUGCAUUUCGACUCAGGAGCCCGACGUCAAACUGGGCUCCGUGAAGUACGCUCCUUCCCGGGGAAGUUUUAAUUUGCUUAGUUUGUUAGCGACUCGGCCUAAUUUGCGACUCGGGGCGGGGGCCUGGAAUGCUCAGUGGGCACUCGGGACCGACUGCCGUGCGGGUCGGGAGGGGGAAUGCAGUAUCACCAAAGUGCCCACCAGAGUCCGAAAGGAGCGUCGCCCUCCACUCGAGCGUGCGCUUUGUUGCAGCUAUAUUUUUUACAGAGAACAAAAGACAGCUACCUACGUGUGUUUGUAUUGUUCACGAUGCAUCGCUUGUCAGUGUCACACCGUUUUUAUAUCAGAGUUCUACAUUUCCACGAAGCGCUAUAUAUUUAAUAAAGUUAUACCACGAAGAAGCAAAGUG